GCAGAUCUGCUGAAAAAGAAGCAACAAACGCUAAGGUCUGCCAAAAUGGCGGACCAGAGAAAUGAGUACUGGUCUUCUAUAAUGGACAAUCCCAUACCCGGGUUGGAUCAAAACAUCAAUAGAGAUGCGAAUAUGAGCGAGGCGUUAGAUGACUUUGACGACAUUGUGUCUUACAUCUGCUCCAACCAGAACAAUACCUCCAUGUCUGAGGAUGGAUUACUAGCCAACAUCAAGACUGAACCAGUAAAUAAUUUGACACCACCUUAUACACCUCCGGAUAUGAUGGACUCCAGCCAAGAUGAUGUGAUGUCAGAAGACAUAGAUGCAUACCUGAUGCAAUACCAGCAUCAGGACCCGAUGCUGUCAGCAUUUCCAUCGCCGCCACAUGACAGCUAUGCUGAGCAGAAGCCAGUGAUCAAACAGGAAGGCCCUGGGUCUCAUGUUAGUAUUGGGAACCUCAAUGCUUCACAGAUGCUGCAGCUGUUGCAAGCGGAAAAGAUGUUACAAGAACAACAAUCCCUGCAGCAGCAGCAACAGUCUUCACACUUGCAACAACAAACUUUACAAUCGCAACAGCAGUCUCCACUGCAGCAAUCUCAGUUGUCAGACAAGUCAUUGGCAGACUUGCUUCAAGAGCCUUCAAAAUUGUCAGGACAAAACAUUUCCCAAGCUGGACCUCAGCAACCACUUCUUGCCAGUAAUCAACAGCUUCAAAUACUCCAACUGUUGCUGAAAUGCCAACAACAGAAGGAACAGCAACAACAAAAAGCACAGAUACUUCAACAACAGAAACUUCAGAAUGCAACUAUGGCAAAUCAAACUAGUCAGCUGCAGCAACUAUUGAACCAAGUUAUCAAGACAACAACAACAACUAGUAAUGCAGGCAUGCCUACUGUUAUGACAGCCAUGCCAAGCUCACCGUUGUCUCAGGCUCAGAGUCCAGGCUCGUCAGCUAGCCAGCAGUUCUCACCCAGCCCAUCAGCGUCACCUGGAGGGGCGUCAAGCACAACCUUGUCAAAUCCUGCCUCACCACAACAGCCUCAGUCACCCAAUUUGCUGACAAUGUCAACCUUUUCUUCACAAUCUCAGGUGAUCCAUCUCCCGCCGCAAAUAGUGAAUUCAGACUCCACUGUGCUUCAUGUCAAGGCAGCCAAUAACGGCAACCAGGUCAUUACCAUCCCAGUAGUAUUUGACCCUUGCAAGAUACCCAUCGCUCGUGUACCAACCACACCCCCUAAAACUGAUAUCAACGCCAAAGGUAACCGGUCCAAUCACAAUGAGAUUGAGAAGCGCUACAGGAAUAGCAUCAACAAUAGGAUUAAUGAGCUGAAGGACCUUGUGUGCGGCCCAGAAACUAAGAUGAACAAGGCAGGCAUUUUAAAGAAGGCACUUGACUACAUCAGAUAUCUUCAGAGGGAGAAUGGCCGGCUUAAAGAGGAAAACACUGCUCUGAAAGUAGCCCAGCAUCAGCAAAAUACCAUCACAGAGAUGAUUAAGCUGCAGCAAGACCAUAACAAAAGUACAACCCCAACACAAGAGAGCCUGGACGGAAGAAACAGUCCGCAGCAGAUGAGCCCAGAGUCUAGUGCCCUCCUCUCGCCGGCAUCUAUUAGCCCUGUGCCGUCACCAGAGGCCGCCCCACAUCCUAAGCCAACCAAGAUUGAAGGACUGUCUUUCUCAAGCUGCGGCAUGUUGGACAGGACAAGAGUGGCUCUUUGCACUUUCUUAUUCUCUUUUCUCCUUAUUAGUCCCAUAAACUUCCUGCUUCCCCAGCUAGCAUCUGAUUCCAUCUUGUCUUCAAGUUUUGGUGAUUCCCCUAAUCCUCAUGAUGGUACUCGUGUUUUGAACUCAGUCGACGCCCCUUUUGACCCCUUGACAGUGAUCUCUUGGGCAGCACUUGUUGCGUUUAAGUGGCUCCUUAACGUAGCACUGCUAAUAGGAGUUCUCGUCAAGAUUUUUGUGUUUGGAGAGCCUGUUACAAGGCCACAUUCAGACAGGUCAACACUCUUCUGGCGACACAAGAACCAAGCAGAUCUUGACCUAUCAAGAGGAGACAACAUUUCUGCAGCAAGACAGCUAGAAAUUUGCUUGCGGGUUCUGGGACGUCCCAUGCCAACUUCCAAGCUAGAUGUGUUUUGUGGAUUUGUGUGGCAUUCUCUCAGGCACAUCUUGUUCAGGCUUGGUAUUGGCACAUGGCUGGCCUCAACAGCAUGCGGUGUGUUCUUCAGAAAAGCCAGCGAGGAUAUCCGCAAGGAGUAUGACAAGGUUAAUGCUCGUGAUGCGGCACUUGUCUGCCACAAGCUUCACCAGCUCAGUCUGACAGGCUAUGUGCCAAGAGGCUACUGGCGCUCAAGCGUACUUGGCCUCUCUGCUAUCAAUCUGGCUGAGACUGCGGGUAGUUACAUCAGUGCCCAAGUCAAGGCCCAGAUGUAUGUGACAGCUGCUGUUCAGAUCAGGUCUGCAUUACCAGAAGGGCUACACUUUGUUGCUCGCUACUUCCUUCUCCGUGCAAGGGACACUUUAACAGCAAACGGGGCUACCAUCCCUCCCUCCAUGCAGUGGCUCUUCACACCUCAGGGACACAGGUUUUUCGUCAGCAGCAGCUGGUCUUGCAAGGGCGGGGACAGUAUGUGGGCCAGUGUUGCAAACCAUGCCGACCCUGUUGCUCAUGUUAGCCAAGCAUUCCGAGAGCAGAUGCUGAAAGAAGCACUAACUGCCAUUGCCUUACCCAAAGAUACCCUGCCUAAUAAAGAUGCUAACACCCAGGACACAACAGGAAGCUGGGUAGACGGCCUGAACUUCCUUGACAUCCUACACGUCUGCGCUGAGGUCACAGAGGAACCAAAGGAGGGUCCUGCCAAUGGCCUCGUGGGUAGCAUGGGGGCGGGGUGUGGCCGUAAUGGUGAUGAGGUGGCCAGGUGGUGGGCAGCUGUGGGGUCGGUGGCGGUGCACUGGUUUCGUGGUGAAGAUGAGGCUGCUGAGAGGUUCUAUAACACUGUGGGAAGUGUGCCCAAGUGCCUUUGGAAUGCUGAAGACCCUGUAGCUAACUGCAGAGAGCCUAUUGCAAAAGCCUUGCUUCGGGCAUUCAAGGCAAGAAAAGAAAUUCUCAACUCCAAGCAUCUCACACCCGAAAAGGCAGAAGAAUGCCGUCAGCUCUGCAACAAGUCUGGCAUGCACCUCCGCGAGAGCAUCAGCCUGGCUUCCUAUCAAUCUGCAAGUAAGCUACGUCAACUUGCCCAGCUCCUUUGCUGUGAUUGGCUGUUGGCGACACGAACCGACAUCUGGGAAUCCAAUAACAAGCCAGAUGUUCAGCACAAGGUCAUAGACUCUGUAGGACUGGCGGCAUUCCAGCACGACCUUGAAAGUCUGAGGAAAAUAACACAUGAUCUUCAGGCGGCUCUACCUAGGAUGUAUCUUUAUGAAGCAGUAGCUCGACUCAUGGCUGGUGCCAACCCCACCCAGACACAGCAGCUGUUGCAGAGAACAACACUUCGGCAACGAAUUGUUGUUAGUAAGGAUGAUUAUUGUUAUAACCACACAGAAGAACUAGAGGAGUGUGUGACAGGCGGGCGUGAACGUGCCACUGCGUUACUGAUGGCAUGUCGACACCUCCCCAACCCCUUUCUGUCUGCCCCAGGCCAGCGCAAAGGCAUGCUUCUGGAGGCAGCAAGCUGCUUGGAGAAGAUGGGCGACAAGCGGACGCUCAAAGACUGUCACCAGUUAUUGCUUCAACUAGGUACCGUCUCUGCUGCUGACUGAUAGAAAUAGACACAGCUACAAUCACACAGUCUGCCGCCAACUGAUAGCAAUAGGACCAGCUACAAUCACACUACAGUCUGCCACCAACUGAUAGCAAUAGGACCAGCUACUAUCAGACUUGUAGAAAAGUAGAUCACCAGGCAAAUACAGCAUAUUUGGUAUCUACACUCAUAGCAUCCUGACUCAUUGCAGUCAGCCCUGUGAUUACAGCAAUAGUCUAUGGUAUUGUCUUGUGAAUUGGUGAGUUCAGUAGGGUUGUUGCAGCUUUUCUUAGACGUGGAGAUUUUGCAGAUCUGGUUGCAGAUAACAAUAUUUUCUACAUUUGGUCACAGAACCCCCACACAACAAAACUGUUUGACCAUUCCAGAUCUGAAGCCAUAGGGUAGCCCCCUCCCUCCCAAGGACUCUCAACUAAAGAAACUAUAAUACCACUGCAACCUAGGAUGGGUACAUUUUGUUUCUCUGAGAUAAAUGAAAUGCUAGAGGAAGAGGGCCCACCCCCUUUCCCACCCAGCCCUGUAAUAUAAUAUGUGUCUCAAUUGCAAUAAUUAUGCAACUAAACAGUCCAUGGUACUGUGUUGUGAAUCGGUGUCUUUAGUAGGGUUGUUGCAGUAGGAUUUAGCUCUUCUUAGACAUGGAGAUUUUGUAGAUCUGGUUGCAGAUAACAAUAUUUAUAGUUAAGAGUCUGUAUGGUACAUAUUCUAAGAACGCAUUCUUAGUAUUGUAACUUGGAUAAGACCUGAUUGAAAAGCUUUGUAAGUGUAUUGUGCUGUCAGCAAGUGUUGUUUUAAAAUGUUUAUAAUAUUUACGUCACUAUUUAGCUAUGCAUCUUGCAAGGUGGAGAGGCGUCAGUUCUGCUACGUUGGUGAUGUCAGGCAUCAUACAUCCAUUUAUCUUAGUGUCAGAUACAUAAUGACGCUCUAGAGUGCAUGGAUUUAACCCAUGAAACUAUCACAGAAUAUUAUUACAAAAUGUUUACUCUAAAAUAACUUGAUUUUCUACUUGACUGUAGAGGUUCUUACCAUCUUCAUCAUUAAUCACAUUUUUAAAUUAAAUCUCUGCCAAAAUUUUACAGCAAUUCAACUGUUUUGGGUUUGAUGUGUGCUCUCUAUUUCUUUAUUUAUCAGCGAUAUUGUAUUUCAUAUUUUUUUUUAAUUUAAAUAUGAGAAUUAUUUGUAUGUAAAAAUGCCUCUACAUUAAUAUUCAAAUUGCUUUUUGUUUGAAACAAUUCUUGAUUAACACUACAUAAUUCCCUCACAUUUCUUUACGCAGGGAUAAAGGUGGGUUUAAAUGUAGACGCCUAACCUUUCAGUGCCAGUGAGUAAAAGGAUCUAACAUAAAAACAUGCAACAAAGUCUUGAUUUUUCUUGUUUUAUGGAUGUUCACGUCAUGUGUGCCCCAACUUGGGUAUAUUCCACAAUUUCUUUCAUUAAUUUAUUCUGUACUUUGUAGGUUUAGUUGUCAAUGAACUGCUUUAGUCAGUUUGUAAAAUCAUUCUGGUACAUCAAGACAAGAAUGCUUAUAUGAAACAUUACUUUACUUAAAAAAGUUGAUAAUUAUACAUAAUGAUGUUUUGUAGAAACUGAAAUAAACAUAAUCAAUAAUGAUCA